AUGUGCGAGGCUGGUGCAGGUACACUGCUGGAAUCGCUGGCAUUGAAGGGGGCCGACAUUCCCCCACAGAGUGAUCAGCACGGGGGGGACGAGAGUGAUAGCGAGGGCGGAGUUGAGGAGAUAAAGGAGCCAACCAUCCAGGAUUUGGCGGCGGAGCAGUUGUCUCAUGCUACACAGCUGAAGGGCCUGCAUGAAGACAUGGAGUCUCUGAAAGACUCCGUUUACAGUGGAGAAAAGGGACUCGACAAAGUGAUGGGUAUCUUGUCGUCACUCUUCACGGCCGUCCAGGGGAUGGCUGCCAAGACAGGGUUCAAGCUGCCGACGGGUUUAGUGGAGGUUUUGAACAGCGACGAACCCACCACCUCUACCGCUGCAGCCCCUCCGCCCCAUCGUACGCUCGCAGCAUCAUUGGAAGCUCCAGUGAACAUGAUCGCUGUUCCCCACGCUUCCACCACCGCUCCGUCACAUGCGCGCCCAACAUUUUGCGCGACGACGCCAUGUACUGUCCAAGGCCAGGGUGCCACACCCGGUGCACACAAGUCUGAGGCGGGUCACUCUGCUCUCGCGGCCGUCCCAUCUAGCACCACGCAAGGUCAGCCGGUUCUGCAGCAGGUGUUACUACAGCGGCAGGUGGCCUGGCAGGGAACGGUGAAGGUGCUCAACGAGCUUCAGCGGCGCAGGCAGGUGCACCUGAUGUUGCUUUUCCAUCUGCUCGGCGGCAGGCAGGUGCCUCCGCCGGUGCUUCGACACAAGGGGUUGGACAGCCAGGUGCAGCAUCGGGUAUGCCAGGAGCGGCAUCAAGUCUGCGAGGUGCACUUCAUGCAGCAGGCAGUGUUCCUACCGUACCGACUGGUCAGACAGGGUGUACGCGCACCAUCUGCGGUGGGGUUUGCGCAGAAUGCAGGCACUAUUCAGCAGGUGGCCACCUCAUCCGCCGCUCAUUCAUGGCCGAUUGGGUUUGCACAUCAACCUCCCAGCGCGGUUUACCCCGGUACUGUACAGCCAAGCGACUUACUGCAACUGCCCUUUUCGACGCUUCGUCCCCCGCUGCAUCCUUCUGCUCCUUUCCUCGCCGCUGAUGAGGUGCUCGACGAUACCAACAGCCAACCAGGUCACACCACCGCCGCUCAGGGUCGCGGUUUAUCGAGCAUGCUCCCCGGUUUGAUGCAGGGGUCCCAACAUGUACUGCCCUCACCUGCAGCCUCCUCAUCUAUGGCGCCCGCGACCCAGGGAGGGGAGAUCGGUGAGGUGCCCGGCAAAAGGGGGUGGACGGGCGUCACAAAGAAGCUGGAUAAGGACGAGUGGAUCGCCAGGAUCGUCCUAGACCGCGCAUCUCAGUCGCUGAUCGUCAUCAACAGCCACUUUGGAACGGAGGAAGAGGCGGCAAGGUCGAUAGCCGCAGCGUCGCACGUGAUGUUCGUUGACAAGCCAACGCGUGGGGAGCUCAUUCUCUUGACCGCCGCCGACAAGGCCAAGCUCAGCGAUUGUUCUGCACACCAGUGUGAGGUGAUGGUCCGCAUGAAGUUCUGGCACAUGUGGGAGGAGUGGAGGAAGUAUUGGCCUGCAGCGAAGGCAAAGUGGGACGAGAAAACGCGCAGGGACGAAAAGAAGAGAGCUGCAAUUAACGCCAGCUUGGAGGAAGCAGAUGCUCGCGCCGACAAAAUCGCCCGAAUGCGAGCUGGUGGAAAUUCUGGGCAUGCGUAUGCAUCUCAUGAGGAGGGGUCGGGAUCUAAGGAUGGUUAG